AAUUCAAAUUCGCCUUUCUCGCAUUGCAGAUUUAGAUAAUGGCCUUUCAACUGGACGAUCUGUUGAAGGAUGAUAAGAAAGAUGCAAAUUUGAUACCUGAUUUAAGCAAGGCGACCUGUAAUUCUUAUGAUGAGUUUCGACGACUCAAGGAACACUGUCCAGAGUUUAAAAUCAAACCGGAAAAAGUAAAAAAAGAAGAUAUCAAAGUCCGCGACAAAGAAUUUUCCUGGAAAGCGACCAAGAAAGAGCUUAAAGCCAUUGGCAGAGAAUGGACUUAUGGUAAUCCAGUUCCACCGGACAUGAGAGAAUUGGACCUGCAGGAGCUGCAACAAGUCGCCAUCGAUUGGCGAAUGCUGACUCCCAUCAGACCAAAGCUUCGUCAAGACGAAGAAAUGUUUUCCAGAUUGGUGGAGAUGGGCAAAUUAGAGGCGAAGACCAUAAUGAAAGAACGACGUUCGCCAACAAGUCCUAUUAGGCGAAGUAAGAAUCGCGCGGGGAUAAUCGAAAGCAGCGUAAAAACCUGCAGAGAGUGCGGCGAGGAAUAUUGUUUCGGCGAAUUUUGCGGAGAUGUCCUCUACGAUUCCUUCGUAAGGGUGACUAUUGCCAUCCAGCAGCCAAAGAUUAAAAUAUCCGCGGACACCGAAGCGAUAAUUGCCAAAAUGGAACGUAAGAAAAAAAAGAAAAAAAAGAAGGGGAAGAAGCGGGUCAAGAGCAAGAAUAGAUCGUCUAAAAAAUCCGCCAGGUUGUUGGUCAACGGCAAGACAAGAAGAUCGAUAACGGAUUUUGAAAUUAAAACUGUUAAAACGAAAGAUGGCGGAGAGCAAAACGAGAAACCGAUGAAACAGUUUAAGAGAAAAUGUAGCAAGUAUACAAAGAAAGGCGUUUUACGCAAAUAACGAUUUUAAUAUGAUGAUAAUUAGAAAAAUUUGGACAUCUGCAAAAAUUUCUUGCAUAGAAAUACCUCAUACAUGUAUUUGUAUAUGUAGAUUAUUC